AUGUGCACUAUUAAUGAACCGCCCUCAAUAUUCAGGCAAGUCUUGUACUUUUUCCAACCCUUUCUAAACUCAUCCCAAAAUAUCACAUGGGUCACUCCCCUUUUCCUCCAAUUCCUAUUUUCCCAUCACGGGUUCGAUUUGGUUCCUCCGUUUUCAGCUUCACCAAGCACUCACAACAGCGACGGGAAAAGGUUUCUUCCUCUUCCUCCCCCUGAUGCCCGAACUCUGAAGUGGCCCAACUUAGUGGUGUUCAGUUUUGAGGACCUGAAAUACGCCACAAGGAAUUUCAAGUCUGACACAUUGAUCGGUGAAGGUGGUUUUGGCAGAGUUUACAAGGGAUGGUUGGAUGAGAACACCCUCACCCCUACCAAACCAGGCUCCGGAAUUGUUGUUGCCAUCAAAAGGUUGAGCAAGAAAAGCAGCCAAGGGUUUCAAGAGUGGCAGUCAGAAAUAAGCCUUUUAGGAAGAGUUUCUCACCCCAACCUGGUGAAGUUAUUGGGAUACUGCUGGGACGAAGAUGAGUUUCUUCUUGUGUACGAGUUCAUGCCAAACACACACUUAUGGAAUCAUCUCUUCUUAAUAGAUCCUGACAAAGAACCCCUUUCUUGGAGUAACCGGUUAAAAAUAGCUAUUGGUGCAGCUAGGGGAUUAGCUUUCUUGCAUUCCUCUGAAAAUCAAGUCAUACACAGAGAUUUCAAGUCCAUAAAUAUACUACUCGACGCGAAUUACAAUGCAAAACUAUCAGAUUUUGGCCUGGCGAGAUUGGGGCCUUCUGAGGGAAAUACUCAUGUAUCUACCAGGAUCAUGGGCACAUAUGGUUAUGCUGCUCCUGAAUACAUCGCAACAGGGAACUUGUAUGUGAAGAGUGAUGUGUAUGGAUUUGGUGUAGUGCUUCUUGAAAUACUGACAGGCAUGCGGGCACUUGACCCAGAACGACCUUCAGGACAGCAGAUCCUGGUUGAAUGGACUAAGCCUUGUCUCUCUUCCAAGAAAAAGUUGAAAACAAUUAUGGAUGGGAGGAUAGAGGGUCAAUAUUCACUCGAGGCUGCAUUUGAAGCAGCACAACUUACUCUAAAAUGCCUACAAUCUGAUCCUCAUCUACGUCCUUCAAUGGAGGAAGUACUCGAGGAAUUGGAAGCCAUUCAACUUGUCCACAACCCCCAACUCUCACCAUCCCCUUUCUCAUAG